AUGGAUUCUCUUCCAUAUAGGCAAACGCCAAAGUUUGUUGAAUUGCUUACCAAUCAACAAAACAUUGUCUUUGGUUUGUCUAAAGAUAGUCUUGACCUAUCUUCAUCACAAGUCCCUCUUUUUGGCUCCCAACCGAGUGAAGAUUCCAAUUUUGGCGACAGCACUCCUGCAGGGCGUCGAGAAAGGAGGAAAUGGACACCAGGAGAUGACGUUCUGCUCAUCAGCUCGUGGCUUAAUACAAGCAAAGACCCUGUGGUCUCGAAUGAGCAAAAAUCCGGGGCUUUCUGGAAAAGUGUCGCAACAUACUUCGCCGCAAGCCCUAAGGUGCAAGGCUGUGAAGUCAGAGAGGCGACCCACUGCAAGAACCGUUGGCAGAAGAUCAAUGACCUAGUCAACAAGUUUUGUGGGGCUUACGAAGCUGCGAGUGGAGAGAGAAGUAGCGGUCAAAAUGAGAAUGAUAUUCUCAAACUAGCUCAUGAGAUAUUCUUCAACAACCACAAAAAAAAAUUCAACCUUGAGCACGCUUGGAAGGAGCUUCGAAACGAUCAGAAAUGGUGCGAACUUUAUACUUGCAAAGCCGGUGGAAGCGGAAAGAGGAGGAAGCUUGAUGAUGGUGAGCAUUCCUCAACCUCUCAUGCGUUUGAAACCAUGAAUGAUGAAGCUGAUGAAGUAGCCACUCGUCCCCCGGGUGUGAAGAUAUCAAAGGGGCUUGCUAAGCAAAAGGGGCUUGCUAAGAAUAAUGCAGAGACUGAGUAUCAGAGGAUGUGGAACAUCAAGAAGGAGGAUAUGGCUAUGAGGGACAGGCUUUUGAAGAUGAAGCUGCUGGAUAACUUAUUGGCAAAAACAGAACCGUUAGCUGAGGAUGAGGCAGCGCUGAAGUUGAAGCUCAUAACUGAAUUGAUGUCUAAAUCUCUGAUGCAUUUAAGUUUAUGCAUUUAA